AUUGCGAGUUUGUGCUACCUACCGUUCUUUUUUUCUUCAACUCGUUGCACCUAUAUAGGUAUAACCUGUACUUAAUAUAAAAAUCUUAAGCCCAGACUUAAAAAAUUCAAGGUAUGUACGCCAUUUAAUGGUAUUACAUUCAUAGUUUUCGAUAAUACUACUUUUUGAGCCGUUUUCUGGUUAUGUAUUUGAAUACAUCAGAUUAGUCACCAAAAUCUACUAUAAUUGAGUACCUCAUAUUAUUGGAAGUAAUUUUAUGAUUAAACAUGAAUAACAAAGAAUGAGUGAAAUAGAUUUGCGAAUGCUUAGGUGAGGAAACGGAGUUAGUAGAGAAAACAGCAUAAAAAGCGAGUACAGAAGAGGUUGCUUUAUAGUGAUCUAAAUGAGAAAAAAUAGACCUACAAAUAUAAUACGGUACAUUACAACUUUCUUUAUUAAUUAUUUACUUUAAUGUUAUACUGACGAUAGAUUAGGUAUAACUAAAUGUUGAUUUAAAAAAUAAAAUUAUAAUAUAUAUACGCGAUAGAUUAAUACAAAAUCUUUAUUAUUUUGUAAUAAGUGGAUAAUAACUAAACCUACUUUAUAUUAAUUAUGAUUAAUUUUUAAAGAUAACAUAAUAUUUAAAGUUUAAAAUCUGCUUUCUUUUAUUUUACCAACUUUUGUUCAACUUAUUGAAUCAAGUCCUCAGUGUAAUUAUAAUUUAAAUAUGUUGCAGUAUGUUAAGUAUGAAAUCAGUGAAUGUGAUAAUUAUUCACUUAUUCGUUGAUAUAUAACCAUAAAUAAACCAUUUAAUUCUUUGAUCACUAUUAUAUUAUAAAUUACAAUAUUAUGUGAUGAAUUGACGUAUAUUUCUACAAAACCUUCUAAACAUUGUAGAUCAAGGUGGAAAAGAUAAAAAUGUAAUUCUUAUCAUGAUGUAUAAAAUGGAAUGAACAUAAAUACCUACAUUAGGUAACUAUGUAGGUUACUCUGUACUGACACAAGUAUAAUACAGCAGCUGUCUAUCAUAAUUAUAUAAUUAAUAAAAUAAUAAUACAUUAAGUGUAUUUAAGUACAAAUAUGAUGUACAAUUUAUAAAAUUAAUAAUAUUUUUUUUUAAUGCGUUGAACAAAGCUAUAACAUUAACAAUUAAAGCAGUAAGCACAAGUUUCCAAUUUCAAAUUCACAAAGAAUAUUCCAAGCUGGUUCACAUCAGGGGGUAAAUUUUUGAAUUUUAUAUUGGUAUACCAAUCAUAUUAGUAUACUAAAACAUCACACUUCAGUUCAACUAUCAGUGCAAGAUCAAUAAACUGCAUUUUUGAAUAAUUGUAGACUAAAACUUUUUUAUUAGUGUACUAAAAUUCUAGACCAUACAAUUGUUUAGUAUUUUUAAAUUAUUGAAAAAUUGUUUAUUAAGCAACAAUACCAACAUUAGAAUUAAUACAUUUUUAAAAAACAACAAUAACAUGAGAUAAAAUAAAAUAGGAUGUCGAGGGGACAAUCCCCCUCCUGGAACCCUUUACAAUUAAAAUAUCUAUAUGCUUAUCAAAGGCCGGUGAGUGAGGAGGGAUAAAUACUAAUAAUUAUAAUAUAUUUAGGUAAAUGCCUUGUAAUUGAUAAUGAUUGGUUAACUUUAUGAAGUUUGGGUUUUCCAUUUUGCGCAUUUCUUAGUGAGAAUUUAACAUUUCAAAUGUGUGAUUUUUAAUACUAAAUUCAUUGGUAUAAUCAAAACAUACCUAUCAUGCUCACUUUUAUAGAUAUUGUACAUUAUCUUAAAAAAUAGCAAUUAAUCCAAAAUAUGGUAAUUUUUAUUAUUAUUAUGAUUUGUAUUUGUUAAUCAUAAUUUUAAAAUAGAUCCAUUGUUCUAACAUCAGUGUUAAAAAAACUAUUCAUUUUUUUAUUUUUAGUAGGUACCUUGGAAAAAUAAUAUAUAAUAAAGUAUAAAAUAAUUAAAUAUUAAUAUUUUUUAGUAUUGAUAUUGUUAGAAUAAUGAGAACUUUUGUAUGUUAUGUUUUUUUAGAUCAAUAAAACAAGAGGACUUCCAGAGAGGAAUAAAUUAUGUUUAGUUUGAUAAAGUUAUCAUAUUUUGCAUGCAAUGAUGAAGAGAAAGAGUGGUACAACACUAUACCAAAUUCUAUAAAGAAAGUCGAUUUGCAACAAUGUUGUCUUUUUCUAUUGGGUACAACCACAGAGAGAGAAAAAAUCAUUAAACCAGAUUUUUCAAUUUGUACCAGUGCCGCAGAACAUGGACACUUAGAUUGUUUAAUGUUUGCCCACUACUUAGGAUUAGAAUGGAACACUCGCACAUGCAUUUUGGCAGCACAAAAUGGUCAUCUUAACACAUUAAAGUAUGCUCAUGAACAUGGUUGCCCGUGGAAUGAAAGCACAUGCGCAAUUGCUUCUGCACGAGGAUAUAUUGACAUACUUAAGUAUGCGCAUGAACACGGAUGUCCGUGGAACAAGGGUACUUGUGAUGCGGCAUGUGAAUUUGGACAACUUGAUAUUUUAAAAUAUGCCCAUGAACAAGGUUGCCCUUGGGAUGCUAACACAUGCAAAUUUGCUGCUUCGCGUGGACAAAUUGACACACUUAAGUAUGCCCAUGAAAACGGAUGUCCAUGGGACAAAGGUACUUGUGAAAUGGCUGCUAUGUCUGGGAAUAUUAACAUACUGCGAUAUGCUCAUGAGAAUGGAUGUGAAUGGUCUACUCAUACAGCUGAAAUGGCUGUCAUAUCUGGGAAACUUGAGAUUUUGCAGUAUGUAUUUGAAAAUGGUUGCCCUAGGAAUUUAAGUACAUCAACACUAAGGUUCCUAUGGGCCUCACAACCUGACUUGUUUAUAUAUGCUAUGUCAAAGCUUACGUAAUAUGGACUUGAAUAUUAUUUUUUGUCAUUUUUUAAAAUAAAAUCUAAUAAUCUAAAAUAGCCAUCUAAGAAGUUUUUCUACUCAUAUUUAAUUUAAUUUAUAGUUAUUGGAAAAAAUAAAAAGUAAACAAUAAUUACAUAUUAAGUUUACCUAUACUUAUCUUAAAAUCAAGUUUUAAUUUUUCAGUUUAAUUUUUUAUUAUUUUAUGUAAGUAGUAAUUAUUUUUUUUUCACUUUGAC